AUGGACGUGGAUCGAAUCAGCCUUCUACCAGAUUCUCUUCUCCACCACAUUCUCUCCUCCUUAAACACAAAACUCGCUGUCCAGACUUGUGUUCUAUCCAAACGGUGGAGGAGUGUUUGGUUUCGUAUACCAACACUCAACUUUGAUUUUGACUCCUACCCAUUUGAAGAGUCAACUAGAAACAAUCCCAAAUCCAAAGAAAAAUCGUUUAAGCGCUUCAUCUUCAAAGUUAUGUCUGAACAUCGCGGAUAUAUUCAAAAAUUGAGUUACUCUUCCCCCCGUUUUCACGGAAUGAAUGUAAUGACAUUGUCUAUAUGCUAUGCACAAUGCCACAAUGUUAAAGAACUUUACAUUACAGCGGACAGUUAUGAUAGCACGAUUUGGUGUUUAUCGGCAUGUGAUUUUCUCACCGUACUAAAGGUGUCACACGUGCUGGUUUACCAUGACUUGGGAUCCUUGGUGUUACCAUGUUUGAGAAUUCUAGUGGUUGAAAGCUUGUGGAAGAAGCCCGGGUACGACGACGACGGUGGUGGUGGUUAUGGCCGUGAACAACUAAAUGAAGAGACCUUUUUAGGUUGUCCAAAUUUGGAAUGUUUGACUUUGAUUAAUUAUGGUGAUCUGGAAAGUACUUGUAUCUCUGCUCCAACACUUGAGAGUUUGGAGAUAGGUGCUUCUUCACAUUGGGAAUUAACAUUUCCAAAACUUAAAUUAUGUACACCAAAUCUCAAACGUGCCAAGUUUGAGAAUGUUUUGCCGUUUUUGAGAGGCAUGGCGCACGUAGGACAAAGAUGGGGAUAA